AAAGUUAAAAACACUUAACUACCUAGAAAUAGUUUCUUAUGCUUAUUGUUAGAAUAAUCCUUAAUAAAUUUAGACUAAAUAAAUUUUGGCUUAGAUUUUAACAUCACUUUGUGUGUAAAAUUCAAAUUAAAGUCGAUGAAUACUUUGCCUCUCCAUCCUAACACAGAGUAGCCACGUCCACCCCUCAUUCUCCCUCACCCAAAUACACUAAAUGUAACAGUCUCACUCGUGCGCAUUUGCCACUGGCCAGAGGCGCGCGCUUUGGUAUUAAAGUAAGAGAUGCAGGGACUUACCUUUCAUUGUCAGUAUCACGCCCGUUCUUUCUUGUGGUGUUACUGUGCGUUUCAGGGGGCUUUUGCAAAUCUACUAAGCUUCUUGAUCCAGUUAUGAGUGCUGAAUUUGAAAGCAUACUUUACAUUUUUUAAAUGGAGCUGUUGAUGUGGACAUGGCAGGUAACCUGCCUGACAUUAAUCGCAUGUGCGGUGGAUGUGGUUUUGGCACAGAUUCGUUACAUGAUUCCAGAGGAACUGGAGCACGGGGCUUUUGUUGGAAAUAUAGCGGAGGAUCUUGGAUUAGACAUCAACAAACUAUCUAUCCGCAGAUUUAGAAUAGUCUCCGGCGCCAAAAAGCAAUAUUUGGAGGUAAACUUAGAAAACGGCGUUUUGUUUGUGAAUGAAAGAAUUGACAGAGAAGAGCUGUGCGAACAAAAUCCAUAUUGUUCAUUUCAUCUCCAGGUUGUUAUUGAGAAUCCAUUGGAAUUAUACAGAGUGGAAGUUGAAAUAUUGGAUGUCAACGACAACUCGCCUGUCUUUCAGUGGAGUGAAUUUAACCUGGACAUCUCAGAAUCGGCCGUGUCUGGAUCGCGCUUCCCACUGGAAAGCGCGCAGGACCUGGACGUCGGCGACAACUCUCUGCGCUCUUAUUUGCUAAGCGUAAACGCACACUUUAUCCUAGACGUGCAGACGCGCAGCGACGGCAGCAAGUUCGCUGAGCUGAUUCUCGAGACCCCGCUAGACCGAGAGCAGCACAGAAAUCACCUAAUGGUUCUUACAGCUGUGGACGGGGGCGCGCCAGAAAGGACGGGUACUGCGCAGAUAAACGUCACAGUCCUGGAUGCGAAUGACAACGCGCCGGUGUUCGACCAGAACUUUUAUAAAGUUAAGCUGGCUGAAAAUGCACCUCGAGGCACGGUUGUGAUUAAACUAAAUGCCACUGAUCUUGAUGAAGGACCCAAUGGAGAGAUCACGUACUCUUUUAGUGGGCACGCUCCGAUGAGAGUGCGUGAGCUGUUCUCGGUGGAUCCCCGCACUGGAGAAAUUAAGGUGAAAGGACUCAUUGAUUAUGAAAAGGCAAGAAUGCACGAGAUAUAUGUGCAAGCUAAAGACAACGGGCCGUCUGCUGUGGCUGUACAUUGCAAAGUUAUGGUUAAUAUCCUAGACGUCAACGACAAUCUACCAGAAGUGAUCCUUACCUCAGUGUCCACACCUGUCCAAGAGGACGCACCACCUGGCACAGUUAUCGCAGUUAUUAGCGUUAUGGAUAAGGAUGCUGGGGAGAAUGGAAACGUCGAUUGUGAAAUUCCUCAUCACGUUCCAUUUCAGCUACACUCUUCCUUUAAAAACUAUUACACGUUGGUUACGUGUGAUUUUCUAGACAGAGAAACCGUGGUACGCUGUAAAUUCGGUUUAAUUACGCGGUACUUUGCGGGUCGUAAAAUAAAGUGUUACCCCAUUUUGGUGCAGGUGUCUGAUAUCAAUGAUAACGCGCCACGAUUUAAGCAGCCCUCCUACACAGUCUACCUAACCGAAAAUAACGCGCCAGGAGCCUCGAUUUGCACCAUCACAGCACAAGACGCAGACGCGGAUCAGAAUUCCUAUUUGUCAUAUUCUGUUUUGGAAAACGACAUCCAUGGAACGCCAGUGUCCACCUACGUGUCCAUCAAUUCAGACAAUGGCAAUAUUUACGCAUUGCGCUCUUUCGAUCACGAGCAUGUCCGAAACUUUAAAAUCGUAGUUCAAGCGGAAGAUGCUGGCUUUCCGCCCCUCCGCACGAACGUCACUGUAAACGUAUUUGUUUUGGACCAAAAUGACAACCCACCAGUAGUUGUUGCACCAAUGCCCGUGAAUGAUACAGAAGCUGUUGUAAUUGUACCCAGAUAUGCCGAUGCUGGAUACCUAGUGGCCAAAAUAACUGCCAUGGACGCAGACGCGGGCCAAAACUCACGUCUCUUUUAUGAGGUCCGCCAAGCUACGGAUCUCAGUUUAUUCAGUGUUGCCCUAUACACUGGAGAGAUCAGGACAAUGCGCCGGCUGAUGGACAACGACCCCACGAGGCAUAAACUGAUGGUUUUGAUCAAGGACAACGGUCAGCCACCCCUCUCGGCCACGGCCUCCAUCAUCUUGUCAGUUGUGGACAACGUGCCUGAAUCUUUGCCUGAUCUCGGUGACCUCGCACUCAGCCCCCAGUACUCAAACCUCGCGUUGUAUUUAAUAGUGUCCCUGGGCGCAGUUUCAUUUACCUUUCUAGUGGCUAUUAUUGUCCUGGCUACAGUUAAAGGAUACAGGGACAGAAACACUAUUUUUCAUUACAGUUCGUCAUGUUGUGGUUUUAAUUCUAAGACCUCUACCAGUGAUAAUAUUAAUAAAAACUUGAAUAUUCACGUCUCACCAAGACAUAAGGAAGCGGCGCACUGCGUGGAAGUCAACGGGAAUGAUCCAGUCGGUCAAAACUACUGCUAUAAAAUGUAUUUAACUCCAGAGUCAUCGAAAAGUGACUUUAUGUUCCUCAAGCCAUGUAGCCCUGCCAGAACACCUUCUCGAAAUAAUAUCAAGGAUGUGGGCCACAAAACUCUGACUUGGAGCCCAGCAAGCCACAGUUUCGUUACAAAGAAUGAGAUGAUCUCUCCAAACGAAUUCAGAUGGGGCAACCAAACACUGACCAAAAACCAGCUCAAUUCUACAUAUAAAAGUCAUACUUCAAUAAACACAGGUAGGACACUGCAGCGCAGAAUGAUGCAGGACUCGGACAAUUAUGCUUAUCAAUCUGUUUCUCAGUACUGGACUUGGGGGAAUCACAUUCAUGAUUAUAAGAGCUCACCCAAGGUUGGAAGCUUUUCAAACCGCUCAUGGACUCCACGCUACAACCAACCGGAUCCACCUCAACCCCCACCGGAUUAUCAACAUAAUGUUUACAUUCCUGGAACACCAGCUACACAAUGUACGCUUAAGUUAGCCAACAAUGCUGACAUCGAAGUCUACAGCUCGUUCUCAACUUUUGGAAAGAAGAUGAAGCUUAUGCCAAACAAUAACCGUCAAGAGGAUGCAGUAAUAACCAAUGAUUUUUUCAAGUAAUUUUUUAAAAACCUGAAUUUGUCACAUGAAAGUCAUUUCCUGUAUAGAAAUUGCAUGUCCUUUGUAUGUUUUAGUGUAUGAUUUACCUUCAUAAUUGUCACAACAAAAGUAUAACUAAAUAUUUAUUUUAUAAUUAUUUUUUAUAUUAUUAUUAUUGUUGUUUUUAGGCAUUUUGAAAAAUAUCUGGAAAGUAAACAAGUGGUUGCUUAACUGUAGCCUAAUUUAUUU